AUGGCUGUGGUUUUUAGAUUUGCUGAUAAAUUAGGAUUUGUGAAGGAGCGAUAUAUUGGUGUAGUUCAUGUUACGGAAACAACCGCUUUAUCUCUUAAAUCUGCAAUUGAUGAAUUAUUUGCUCACCGCAAUUUGAGUUUGGGUAGGGUUAGAGGCCAAGGAUAUGACGGUGCAAGCAACAUGUCUGAUUUGCUAAGAGAAAGUCAAAGAGAGCUUUUGGCAUUGAAUCCGGAAGUUGUACUCGGAAGUGGAAAUAAUCAAGAAAUGGCACUUACAAGACCCGGAGAUACACGUUGGAGCUCUCACGAAAAAACACUUCUUCAUUUGCUUACCUUAUAUCCUUGUGUUAUUGAAGUGCUUGAAUAUAUAGAAACUUCGGCAUGGGAACCAAUUCACAAAACUCAAGCAAAUGGAAAAAGUUUCAAGUUUGUAUUUUAUUUACAUUUGAUGAAACAUAUAUUGGGAGUUGCUAACUUAUUGUGUGUCGCUCUUCAAAGAAAGAAUCAAGAUAUUUUGAAUGCAGUUGAGCUGGUUAGAUCAACCAAAGAAGAAUUACAAAGGUAUCGACUUGAAGGCUUUGACUCACUUUUAAAAGAUGUCACAUCCUUUUGUGACAAGUAUGAUAUUGAGAUGAUUAACAUGGAAGAUGAGUAUGUUGACCCGAAAAACAGAAGAAGAAAGACCAACAUCACCAAUCGUCAUCAUUUUGUGGUCAAUAAUCUCAACACGGUUCUCGACAUGCAAAUUCAAGAGCUUGGAAACCGUUUUAACGAGGUAACCACUAACUUGCUUACGUGUAUGAGUUCAUUGAGCUCGCGUGAUAAUUUUAGUUCCUUUAAUAAACUAAACUUGCUAAGCUUGGCCGAAAUGUAUCCGUAUUGUAACACCUCGUAA